ACAGGGUUCAGUAUGUCAACAGAUGAUGUUUAUGCAGACCAGGCCAAGAGACUCGUGGAUGAGGUGAUUGACAUCGCCAUAAAGCGACUGGAGACAAACCUGUCUCUAACAGAAAGAGAGAAAACAUUCGAAUCUCUUAAGGCAGAAGAGUUCUCCAGACAAUCUACAUUUGUCAGAGAUGAUAACUUUGAAGUCAAAAAUAUCAAAUGGCUGACUAUAUCUGAAUUUUCUGCAGAAAAGGCUGAACAAAAGAUUCAUGAAUUCAUCAAAAGGACCACUGGUUUGACCAGAUACAGAUUCCGUGUGCGAUGGAGCAUCCCCACCCGCAGGAAGCCCAUUCCUCGUGCCACGGCAUGUGUUUAUUUCUCCUUUGUUGUUUCUUCAAUUAAACCCGGGACUUUUCCUGUUGAUGUAUUCUACGUGUUUGAAACCCACAGAUUAGUCCACAAACCAGGAGAGUCUAGGUUCCGUGAGAAGUGGUUAAAAGACAUUAUAGAGAACAAAGUGAUGAUGAUGCAGGUCAUCGAGUUUUAAUUGGCAACAAAUUAGUGAAUUAAAUUCAAGUAAUCAAUGUUACCAUUUAUAAGAUGUGAUAUUUUUUACUGUUGCUAAAUCAAUUAAAUCACUGUAAAUCUGUGAGAAAAGGCAAGAAUAAUCCAUUUGAAAAUUUUUUUUUAGUAUAAACUUUGAUAAUUUGUUAUAUUAAUCUAUGAACUGAAGCUGGAAUUAUGUUUGUGAUUUUUUUUAUAAAGAAUAUUUCUUUUAAAUUGUAUUUAUUUGUAAAUCUUCUAAAAAUCAUGAUGUGCAUCUUUUUCGAAAUUUAUGGAAAAGUGAGCGAUAAAUCUUAAGUUAUGAAUAUGAUGUUUGAAUUACUUAGAGUAAAGGUUUUUAUUAGGAUAAUUUGACAAAAUGUUGUAUUGCAAUCAUGUCUAUUCAAAAUGUCAUCUAGUUAAUGACUAAGAUGUUUUGCUUAAACCAUUGUGAAUACUGACUGGUCCAUAAUAAAUACCUUAUAUUUUGCAUUCAAGGACUUUUAAUA